AUUGACGACAUAGUUUUGAUCAACAUCGUUACGUACACUGACGAAAACGAUGCUUGGACAACGGAAGAGUCAUCACAACUUGCAGCCCGUCUGUUAAAAUCCAAUAUGGCCGAUGACAAAUUGGAUACCUUCAUCACCCAACGCCUACUCCAGGACACGCUUCGGCCGCUAUUUUCUAAAUCGUCUAUCCGGUUAACUGCUUCUGGCAGGCCAUCACAAAUCGCUCAGCAGCCUCCCAGUACACAGGCCAGGACGUCUCUAGACAGCGUUUCACAGGAACGCGAAAAACUCCAUGCUGCGUCAAGCUGUAAAUGGGCAGUCAUGUCGUGCAGUCAAACUACGAUGGGUCGCCACUGGCCCCUGUUUCUUCCGAUCCUACUUUCACUAGCCGAAGACCAUAACACAGCAGUCAGGAUAAAAGGCUUGCAGAUUAUUGGUUUCUUCCUAGAUACAUGCCCGGCAAACGUAAUCCUGUCUGCUGGCGUUGACAACGUAAUCCAGGACGCUGUUUUCCCUACGCUGCUCUUCUUACCCUCCACAACACCUGAGAGCGAGUCCAUAGAGCUCUUGUAUCCUGCAUAUCGAGUGCUCCUUCGGAUAGCCCAGCUGGAUCCAGACCCAAACAGUUUGCGAAGGCGACGUUUUCUUGACAAGCUCUUGAGGGAUGGCGUCUUUGUGGGCCAGUUUCAUGCAUCCGAGUAUCCUCGCAUCGUCGAAGUUCUCAUGAACAUCACAAAGGAUGUCAUCUCGUGCUUGGGAUUCUUCUCAGCAAAGCAUCUU